AUGCUUGAUUGGGGUGAGCGCUUCGCCAUUCUGGCCCUUGAAGCUCUAAACAUCAACCCAAGACCAGACGUGACCAUGGCCGAGGUAGUGGGACUUCUCGCCAGUAUUGGUGGCCUUGUCCAGAUUGCGGGACAAAUCACAAAACUCAGCUACAGCUACGUGUCGGACAUUAAAUCUGCCCCCAAAACACAAAAGCUGUAUCUCCAAGAGGUCUCAGCGCUUACAGACGUGCUUUUUCGGGCAGAAAAGGUGAUCCGAGAGGCAGAAACUACCGGGUUAGAACUGCCCUCUUGGCCAUCUUCACUCAAUAAUGAAGCUCUCCAAGACUGCCGCCGCCAAUUGUCGGUCCUUCAUCUCGAUCUAGAUAAACGACUACGCCGCCUUGUAUGGCCGUUUCAGGAAAAAGAGGUCAAAAGAUACAUUGAUAUUUUGCAUCAUUACAAAACUCUCUUUGCCGAUUUUCUUUCCAUUAAUAUCAUGUCCGAAGACCCAUCUCCUCUCCGAGGCGAUCACUUGGAAAGUAAACUAACUUGCAGCAGGUCCGUUGCGAGUGCUACGUACAGUAAAGUUGCAACAAUCGACCAAGGUAGUGUCCUUUGGAUGGCAUCAAUCCUUGCGAAGGCUCUAACAAAAUCCGUAGAGCAAAUUCGGCAGUAUCUUUACUCACUUUUCCCGGCGUCUGAUAACCUUCUACGCACUAGACCAAGUGCUUGUCCUGGAACUGGCACAUGGUUUUUAGACUCACAAAAUGUGGAGAGCUGGCGUACCGGAGCCCCAUCGCUGCUGUGGUGCUACGGAGCCCCCGGUGUCGGUAAAUCGCUACUUUCAUCGAUCACGAUCGGCCGCCUAUGGGAUGACAGAUCAGAGACCUCAAGCACUGUGGUUUAUGUGUUCUGUCAGUUCUCAUCGCGGGAGCAGCAAACCCUGACAACAAUUUUGCAAUGCAUGAUCCGCCAAAUAAUUGAGCAAGCAGAUGAAAAGCUGCUGGUCAUGAUGAAACAUUUCUUCACGGAUCCAAUGAAGCAGCGUGAGCCUGCUGGACUCGCAGAAGCAUUUGCGACCGCAUGUGAGAUGAAGUCUACUUACCUUCUAGUCGAUGGCCCCGACGAGGUAACAGGGGCAGAUGGUUUGCUCCCUUAUCUAUCUUCCUUUGUCGAAAGCAGUUGCAGAGUAAUGGUAACGAGUCGAGACCUUGGCCAUAUCAGGAAAGCUAUGGAUUCCGCAGCCAAAAUGGAAAUAUGUUCAAACCCCGAGGAUCUAGAGAUCUACAUCGAGUCCCGCUUUGAAAGGAACGAGCUUCCUCGAGGGGCACGAAAGUUGAUCGGAAAAAUCACGGAAAAGUCGGGGAAUAUGUUUUUACACACCAAGCUAAUUUUGGAUGAGCUCUUGGAUCUCACCACUGUUCGCCAUAUGCAAAAGGCGCUCGAGAAACAGUCGACAGGGUUGAAUGAAGUGUACAAAUCAACACUAGAGCGGAUCGACAUGCAACCAAGGGCAAGGAGGGAACUUGCUCGGCGGUUCAUCGGAUGGGUUGUCUUUGCGAAGCGACGUCUGAAGAUUGAUGAAGUAAUUCAUGCCUUCGCCGUUGAAGAAGAUGAGGAUUGUAUUGAAGAAGAUAACUUCGUUAGCCGUGACCUUCUUCUUCGAUCGUGUGUUGGCCUAGUGGUGCUGCACGAUGAUAAGACCGUUGCAAUGGCCCACGCGACCGCUUACGAAUUUUUCGCAUCAACGGUGUUGUUACCGCACGAUAUGGAGACUGACAUAGCAGAGACAUGUCUACGCUACAUGUGCCUCAGUCCGUUCAAGGAAGGGCCAUGCACAAGUCGUGUGGAGAUGUCUCGCCGCUUCCAUGAAAUGCUUUUUCUAGAUUAUGCCUCAAGGCACUGGGCGAGACAUUUCAAAGAAAUCGAAAAUGUGGAUGAAGAUCUAAAGUCACUUGUUCGGAUUUUCAUUUGCAACGAGAGACUCCUGAAUGCCACCGUUCAAGCAUUACAUUUCCGCAUUGAGCUCGAGGAUGAUCUCUUGGAGUCGCUUUUCCAUUCAAUCCCUCAGAAUCAAACGGCAUUGCAUGUCGCUGCUUACUGGGAUCUCACGGAAACUCUCAGUACGCUGAUCGAAUCAGGGCUCAGUGUAUCUCUAGCAGAUACCCAUGGCUGGACACCUCUUCACUACUCUUGUGCAAACCGUCAUUUUUCCUCGGCGGAACUUCUCGUAAGAAGUGGAGCGGACGUCAAUGCGACGGACAAUCAAGGAUGGACCCCUCUUUUCUGGGCGUCGUUCACUGGAUGUUUGGACGUUGUUCGUCUCCUUCUAUCCGAGCACGCACAGUAUAGGAUGCGUAGCAAAUACGGUUGGACAGCAUUACACUGGGCUAUAUCCCGUGGUGAAACUGACGUGGCUUUGGAGCUUGUGCGGCAUCAUCAAAAGCAGUUAUCGCGUGCUACCAAGACUGAUAUUCGGUCCCUCAGCGUCGAUGACGUGGGACGAUUGAACACACCGGAGAACACUUCGCCACUACAAAUAGCAGCUGAGGGCAAGAAUGAUUUGAUAUUUGACUUGCUUGUAGCUCAUCUUGAAGCACCGGAUUCUACCGAACAGGAAGAGUUCGAGGGGAUUUGGUCCCGAGAGAGCUUCAGGGUCCCUGUUUCUCAGAGCACAUGGCAAAACUCGAUCAAGGCACAAAUAAAUGGGGACCCAUUGCCCGGACCAGAGUCGAUUGCCGGACAGACGUACGUCGAGGAGAACCCGUAUGUACACUUCAGGCAUGAAUUGGUCAAGGAAGAUCCAUCAGUAUGGAAGUCCAUUCUACUUGGCUCCGCUAUCCAAGAUGCAGAUUUCCAGGCAGCUAAACUGUUCUUUGAACUUGGUGCAGAUGUGGAGUACAUUUCUGAAAAAGGAUCGCUGUUAAACAUUGCUGCGCAGCAGAAAGACCCACGUUUUGUACAGUUUCUGCUGGAAAAGGGUGCUACAGGACUACUCACUCAAACGGGCCAGUCUGUACUCAACAUUGCUAUCUCCCUCGGAAACUUGGAAACAGCAAAAGUCAUUCUCGACAGUGACUUUGUUCAAGCAAAUGGAUGGGGUCAAAGUGAAACAACUUUGCACUCAGCCGCGGGUCAAGAGGAUCCGCAAUUCGCAUUGCUUUUGCUAUCCAAAGGGGCACAGGUUGAGCUCCAAGAUUGGUUGCAGCAGACUGCCCUGGACAUCGCAGUGACGAACGGAUUUGUCGAGACAGCACAAGCUCUGAUUGAUGGUGGCUCAGAUGUCAACCAUUUAUCUCAGACUUCGUACGCAAUGGAAAUGCGAACAUGCCUGAUGAGGGCCAUCUUGCUUGCUAGUGUAGACAAUAAGGAGCCGGAAAAGAGGGCUUCGGGAAUUGAAAUGGCUCGCAUGCUGCUUUCAAAUGGGGCAGAUCCCAGCUUCCAAGAUGAGAAAGGCAAUACUGCUUUACACGUGGCAGCAACGUGUCGUAACGUGAAAUGCAUCGAGCUUUUGAUGGCGGCUGGGUCUAAAACUGCGAUUGUCGACAACAGUGGGCGCACUCCGAUUCAUACCAUGGUGGAAUCCGUGGAGCCGAGCUGGGAUGUGAAAGAGGUAGAAGAUGUUCUUCGCCUGCUACUCCGAGGAUUGUCAGAAGACAACGCCAGUACAUUGCUGGCUCAGCAAACGUGUCAGACCAAUGGUGUUGACUCUUCGGGCUCCAAAAUCAUUUACCGGGACACGCCAUUGACUUGCGUAUUGAGGCGACAAUAUUGGGGCAUAGCUCGUAUUUUUCUAGCCUUUGGAGCGAAGCCCCCGACGGGGCCUUAUUUUCGGUCUAUUUUGACCGAUGCCGUUCGCGCCCUGGAAUGUCAGAUCGUGGAGUGCCUCAUUGGGAAUGGGGUAUCACCAGGCAAUAACGCUACUUUUGAAUUGGUAAAGGGCAUCGUUGACCGAAUUGACAAACCUUCCUCUCUGCUAUCUUCACUGGACAGAACAAUGGUAAGUACAGCUAAGUUGAUGCGUAUGUUUGCCCGGAGACGACUUCCAAAUCUUCCAAAGCUUUCGCAAGAGGGAAUUUUGCAGGCCUUCCAGGGCAUUCUGACCAGGUUGGCACCGGAAAACGCAUACGUGAACUUUUGUGACCCGGAAGAAAACACCACUCCUCUUCUUUUCGCAGUUCAGAAUGUUCCGUUUGCUGCGAUUACAGCCGCUCUGUUGGAAAAUGGUGCCGAUUGCUUCCAUUCCUCUGAAAAUGGAUUUGAUUCUAUUUUGACGGCCGCCCUAGUCAACAACACAGAGUCUCUGCGUUGCCUGAUAGCGCAUGUCUCAACCUCCCCAAAGCCGGGGAAUUGGACCCAGCAUUUGGAGUACGAGGGCCAGCUGAGCGACAAAGAAAUAUUCAACUGCAUAUGUCUGGCCUUGAAACGUGCUGGCAAGCUAGACUACAAGAACUCAAACGGUCGUACAUUGCUGCACCUCGCCGCAGAAAGCGGAAACGUCAAUUUGGUACUCAGCUUAGUCUGCCAUGGUGCUCAUGCAGAUAUAUCGGACAAAGAUGGCUUCUUUCCCAUCCAUUGUGCUGCAUUUUCAUCAUACUGUCAGAAUGAUGAACAGCGCCGGCAGCCUCGUCGUGAUAUAGUACAACACCUUCUUCCGACCAAUUUGGCAAAAAAUACUUCCGAUUGUCAUCCCUAUCGCUCUGUUGAGCCCAGAGUCUCCUUGAGCGACGCGGAAAUAUGCCAGCAAAUAUCAAGCAUAAAGAAUCAUGAGGGAAGCACGAUGCUUUGGAGCGCCUUGCAAGCCUGCGACGAGAUCAUGGUCCUGCAUCUUCUUGAACUCGAGAGCGAUGUUAACUCUUGUGCCAUAAUCUCCCCAGAACACCCGUCACUUCUCUACCAUGCAUGUGUUAAGGGAUUGACAAAAGUAGUGUCUUUCUUGCUGGAGCGAAACGUGGACAUUGAAAAGACUGAUAGCUGUGGCUGGCGCCCACUACAUGGCGCAUCACAAUUUGGUCAAAUGGCAAUGGUCGAGAGACUGAUUACUGCCGGAGCUAGCGUCUGCACUCCCACAAUACAGUUCCACGAGGAUUCCCCCAUGGGUGAAGAUCAUGACGGGGAACUAUGGAAUGGCCAUCCGCUUCAUUUGGCCGUGAUGGAGGGCAAUGUCGACAUAGUUGAACUUCUUUUGAAGAAUGGUGCAGAUGUGGGUGCAAACACAGGAUGCUUCAAAAGCCUCGAUGGAAGCAUACGUGGACCGACUGCACUUCAUAUAGCAUUAAAUCCACAGGCCUGGUGUUUAGAAGACGAGGACGACCACUGGGGAGACCGCAGUGAAGUCUUUUUGAAGAUCGCUAGAAUGCUGAUUGAAAAGGGGGCUUCUGUGGAAGGUGUCUUGGACCAAUUGCAGGUGAACGAUAUUCCAAAGUUUGAAGGAUUCGAAGAUGUCUGGGAUAAGAUUCGAGGCUAUACAUAA